UUCCAGUCUUUUCUUUCUAAAUUGCCAAAUAUUCAGUAGGGAAUGUAAGGCCAAUCUUUGUAUAUUUUUUAGUUUGCUAUAGCAUACGCAAACGCUAUACGGGAAAAUUUAAGUUUUUUUACCACUUUAAUACACAACUGAAUUAAUGGAUAGGCAGGGUGCUUACAGUAGCUCUUGGCCAAUAGCAGAAGAAUCAGAGGAUCAGCAACGGAUGAUGGUAUCCACACCGCAACUGUGCAACCACAGGAAAACGGUUGCCAGCCUGAAGGUAUUCACCAUGGUAAUGUUGCACUCGUGGCGCCAACGGCGAAAGGAGGUUCGUGAACUCCAAGAGAAGGUGCAUCGCCUUCAGGAUAACUCCAUGAAGACCAAAAAUCAACUGCACGUAUAUGGCACUUUGGUGCGAGUGGAGGAAAAGAGGAACAGGGAACUUCAAAUCAAGCUGAAGCAAUCAACGAUGAGCAUUGACCAAGUUAAGUCCUCCUGCGAAUCCCUCGUGAACUCCGUCCGUGACCUUACAACGGAGAAAAUUCGAUUACAAACCGAUUUGGACCAGCGCUCUCAGGAGUACGAUGAGCUGCAGAAGAUGUCUGACAAAACAAAACGACUGCUCUCCACCGCCUACAUGGAACAAUCCUACCUGCAAAAGCAACUGAUCUCGGAGCAGCGUAUCAGGCGGAAACUGCAGGAGGAAAAGGAGCAGCUCAUCCAGGAAGUGGUGCUGGCGGAGAGCAGAGAUGCCAAGUACCGCCAGGUGAGGGAAUGGUACCAGCAUAAACUGGAUGAAAAGAAGGAGUGCAUUCAUAUUCUGAGAAGGAGAAUGGUUUUGCUGGAGGAGAAACUGCGUGACAUCAAAGAUCGAACUGGAGAAUUGGAUCAAUUGCGUGAAAGCGCUCAACAAAUGUCAAACGAAAUCACAGAGUUGCGCCAGGAGAUCAACCAAUCUCGCACCAGCUUCUUCAGCGUCCUCGGGGAUUCCAGUAGUCGUCAAAGUCUCAAACGUCUCCAAGAACAUAUGAUUGCCUCUUUUCAAGGAAGCCAAACGUGGAUUAAACUUCGACGAUGUACCUUCAACGUGAUGUAUUUGUUCUGUUUGUAUCUGAUGCCCGGAAUGCCCGUCAAUCAUCAUCGAAAAUAAAGCAAGUUGACUUUCUAUAAAAAUAUACUCCGAAAAUUACCAAAUGAAUGGAA